AUGGCGACGCUUGACGCGUUUCGGGAGGACAUACUUGAUGUUUUCAAUGUGUUUGAUGAGGAGGGCACUGGUAGUAUUUCGAUGCAGGAGCUGACGCGUGCGCUCUACACCAUCACCGGGACCCGCAUUGCCCGCUCUGACCUUCUUUCUCUCGUACAGGCGGUGCAGGAGGAGUUGAAGGAGGAGGCGGAUGCGAAAAAGACGCCUGGGAGUGGUGACCCCAGCCGGAGAUCAAAUGUCCAGGACUCCCCCAUGGCGCAGAGUCCGAACAGGGAGCAUGACGUCGUGGACGCAACCCUUUUUGUUGCUGUGGUGCUGAAGACACUCAAUAGACGCACGUACGAGCAGGAGUUGCUGUUUACGUUUCAUUUGCUGGAGGACAAAAACUAUCCUGGGUUUAUAACAAAGGAGAGCCUCAAACGAGCUGCGGGCGAGAUGGAGGAGCGCCUGACAGACCAGGAAAUAAAUGAGAUGUUUGAUAAACUUGUGACGGGAGUUUCAACUGCCGCCGUGGAUUUCACGACGUUUUCUUCCAUACUGGAGGCGGCGAAAUCCACCGAUGACUGA